AUGGCCAUCACACCGCUUCAGCAGGCGAUGCGGUCAUCUGCUGCUACCAAUCUCCAAACACAUCGCCGGUUCAGCUCCGGCGCCUGGCUCUAUGUCAAGAAGCAACACAGCCUUCCAGCCGCAUACUACCGCGGCGGUACCUCCCGGGCCAUCUUCUUUCGCCGGGAGGAUCUCCCCCGCGAUCAAACACAAUGGGACGGUAUCUUCCGCGGUAGUAUCGGUAGUCCUGAUCCUUAUGGACGCCAGCUAGAUGGAAUGGGCGGAGGUAUAUCCAGCCUGUCCAAGAUCUGUGUGGUUAAUAAAUCCGCCCGUUUGGAUGCCGAUGUGGACUACACCUUCGUCUCCCUCGGCGUGAAAAACUGCGAUGUCGAUUAUUCCAGCAACUGUGGCAACAUGGUCAGUGCAGUAGGACCGUAUGCUGUCGAUACAGGUCUGUAUCCCGUGGCUGCGAAAGGCAACGACUCGGUCUCGGUGCGCAUCUUUAACACGAACACCGGUAAAAUCAUUCGGUCAACCUUCCCCGUGGUAGACGGGGAGGCUGCCACUUCGGGAGAUUUUGCCAUCGACGGUGUCUCAGGAACAGCAGCGCGGGUUCGGCUGGAUUUUAUUGAUCCUGCCGGAUCCCGAACUGGUCAACUGCUGCCAACUGGCAACGUUGUCGACAUCGUGGACGAGACUCCGACGACCUGCAUCGAUGUGGGCAAUCCGUGCGUGUUUGUGCAUUCGUCAGACCUAGGUGUAGCGGGCAAUCUAACACCAAGUGAGAUUGACUCCCACCCGACUUUACUCACCAGGUUGGAUUCCAUCCGUCGACAAGCCGGUGUGCGGAUGGGCUUGGCUGCAUCGCCAGAGGAGGUACCUGGGAGUGUUCCCAAGAUCUGUCUAGUUUCAACCCCCUCGAGAUCAUCCCUUUCCGACUUGAAGCAAUCAAUAUACGAUGUAGAUCUGGUUGUCCGCGCCCUAUCCGUCGGUCAGCCACACAAGGCCGUCCCCAUCACUGUCGCACUGGCUUUGGCGGCAGCUGCCAGAGUCGUCGGCAGCGUGGUGGCCAGCGUGAUGAGCAAUCAGCCUGUGGAUUCUGGCGGCAUUACUCUCGGUCAUGCCAGUGGAAAUCUAUUGGUGAGUGCCGAUAUCGAUCCCGCGGGCCAUCUGAGCUGUGCAACAGUGUUUCGGACAGCCCGUCGCAUCAUGGAGGGGCGCGUUUUCUGGAGGGAUUAG